AAAAGUAGUCAAAACAAAUGUCAGAAACGUCAAUUGCGACCUACCUGCUUCAAAGUUCCAUGUUGUUGUCGGUUAUAUUACGAUAGAGUAUUGUUAAUUUUAAGUUUGCUAAAAUGGAUAGGUCCUUUGAUAUCAGUUACAGUAGUUAUGAAGAUCUAUCUAGAAACAACUCAUUGCGGAAGGGGGACAUUAGCAUAAGUGAUCAACUUGCGGGCUUUGAAAGGUUACGAGUUUCCGUUUUAACGAAAGCCGCCGAAAUGAGCCCUCUAGUCAAAGAAGUGACGAUAGGACCAAACAGUCCUAUAAAGAAAGAGUACCUGGAUUUAGAAUUGGACGCUGAAAAAGAAAAAGAAGAAGAUGACUUUAUAGAAGACAAGGUUCCAGAGGAUCUCAGGUACACACUCAUCAUGAAGGAAUGCGAAAAUUCAGUCAAAGAAACUUCCACCGAACUGUUCUCAAACAUGGUGAAGAACAUGAUCUCAAACUACUCAGCCUUCAUGACAAGAGGCUUGAACAAACAGCGUGACGAGACUCAGAAGAGGACAUUAGAGUUGCUCAAACAUUUACAAGAGAAUGACAAUGUAACAGUGUUAAAGGAGGCUCGCCUGGAGGAGAAAAACACGCAAGUCAUCAACACACAGACAAUAGACAACAUGAACAGAAUAUUGGAAGAGCAGAACAGAGCCAUGGCCAGACUAGCUGCAAUGACAGACAGCCACACUAAAAUCUGUGUCUGUUAUAAUGAAAUAACGUACAUCUUAAACUCUGAACCCAGUGCUAAAGCUGUCUUAGAUAAAUAUAAACUGACAAUCAAUGCUAUAGAAGGAAACAUUAACCACAUAGUAAAUAUAUGCAGAAGUGGAACAUUAACAGAUGUUGAUGUGAAGCUUACUAAGGAACUGUGUGUGAAAAUAGAAGGUAUUAAGAGUAAAGUCUUGUUGGAAAUAGAAAAUGUGAAAAAGGAAGAGAUGGCUAAAAAGCAGAAGGAAGAGGAACUGAGAAGAAAGAAAGAGAUAGAAGAAAAAGAAGCACAGCAAGCUCUCCAAGCAGCUAAGUUAGCUGAAGAAGCAAAGGUUAAAAAGGAACAACCAAAAGCUACAAAACCAACAUUUUAUUCAGCAAACAAUUACAAUUACUAUCAAGAACUCAAAAGUUACUUAGAACAAUAUGAAGCACAGUACAAGGAUUUACUGCAAAAUGUUAACCUAAAGAAAUUCAGGUUUGACUGUCAGAAAGCAGUGAACACACCUGUGAAUGCCCUGUCGUCUGUCAGUGCUGUACACAUGCGGGACAAGUAUGACAAACUCUCAAAGCUGCUGAGAGGAGAAAGAGUACAAGUGUUAGAUGUUUAUGUGUGUGCUACACAGCACCCACAAGGCCUGGCCUACUGCACUGCCCUACUGGCUAAGAAGAUAGUCAGACAAGGGGACCUACUAGUAUCGAGUAAUACAGAAGCUGCUUACCCCUUAGCUGCUGUCACAGUAGCACUAUGGUCACAGUUCCCAAAAUUUGGAAAACUUGUGGAAGCUUAUUUCCAUAACCUUUGUCCCUAUUUAGUACCAAUGUUCCUGCCCCAGAAAGAAGGUCAAACAGACAAGGAGUUCUAUUUAUCAAGAGGGUACACUUACAAUGAUGAAGGAGUUGUUGAAAAACAGGACAAGUUUCUUAAAAGGAUGUCCGGGAUAUUCAGACUCCGAUGUGCUAUUUGGAUAGCUCAGAUGCCCAGGUUCCUCAAUGUACCAAAUCCUCAUAGCCUUCGCUAUGGAUGGCAAUGGUUAGCAUCAUUCUUAAAUCUCAAGCCUGAACCAGACAUUUCUGCAACAUUAUUACAUGACUUCUUUAUUAUGUGUGGAUCUAAAUUUAAUCAACAUUAUGGCAAACAAUUUAGAAAGAUAUUAGAAUUAUCCAAUAAUCAGUACCUUAAAAUCUUAGAUGGGAUUGAUGAGGGAGGUCCAAAAACCAGGUUAGAGGUAUACCUACAGACUGUGAUAAAAUCUAAUAGUAUACCACCACCUCCUGCAUCCACACAAAUAAAUUGGUGAUUACAAAACAUGGUGCCUUAAAUAAAUUACAACAUUUUAUGAAAUUCUAAGAAGACCAUUGUUGCAAGUAUCUACAAGUGCAGGUAGAUGGAGUACUGUAUCAUCAAGAUUUUAUUUCAAAGUUUUAAAUAAGUAUUCCUUUGCCACUCCAUGUACCUUUUUUUGUGGACUGUACUUAGAUUGACUAUUUGUUAUGACAUAAUAAUCAAUUGGACACUUUAAAUUCUACAUGAAUUGUAAUUAUGAGUAUGAUUUUGCUUGUAAAUAAGUGAUUUGCAAUUAGGCUUAAUCUGGCUAAGUAAGUAAAAUAAGUGAUAAAGACUUAUUAAGUUUAUUUUCAAUAAAAAUAAAGCCCAAGA